GAAUCCUACGAGCUGUUACAUUUUCUUUUUUUCCAUCUCUUGUUUAUCGCCGCUUCGCAGCUCCCUCCUUUCCAUCUCAAAACAAAAGAGCAGAAAGAUUAAGAUUUUUUCAUUCAAACGCAACUUCUUCCUUCCUUCUCUCUUAUCCGAUUUUCCAAGAUGAGGAAUGAGCAUCAUGUUGCCAAUGAAAACAUUUCAGAAUCUGCGGAAUAUGCAGAAGUGAAUGACAUGUCAAAUCCAACUGAAUGUGCAACAAAUGGUUUUGCAUCUUCGCCCAAUGGAAGUUCCGAAAGUGGGGAAGCAAUAAAGUCUCAGGAGUCUACAAGAGACGUGUCAAAUGAGCUAUAUGUCUACAGACAAGAUGUUGUGAAGUGCAAGAAGCAUGAAGGCCUGGUUGGGAUUGUAAUGGAGGUUGCUGGUGACUCAGAUUCUGAUGGAAGUGUUACUGAUGAUGACAGUGAUGACUCUGAGGAUGGUGGUCAUUCUAAUUGUGAUGAUGAUGGUGGUGGCCGUGAUGAUAACGGCAAUGGUACUAAUGAUACUGAAGAUGAUGGUGACAAGAACGAUUCUCUUCAAGAUGGCCAAAUUAGAGUAAUUUGGCUUGAUCAUACUGAGACAACUAACAGUCUUAGUGAUAUCACGGUUGUAGAUCGAGGAUUCUUGCACGGGGACAUUGUUGCUUCUGCUUCAGAUCCGACAGGACAAGUGGGGGUUGUGGUAGAUGUCAAUAUCUCAGUUGAUUUGCUAGCUGCAGAUGGAACAGUUGUAAAAGAUGUCUCCUCCAGACUUUUGAAACGGGUAACAGAUUUCACUGUGGGUGAUUAUGUCGUCUGUGGUCCUUGGCUGGGUAGAGUUGAUGAUGUUCUAGACAAUGUGACAGUGUCGUUUGAUGAUGGAUCAACUUGUAAAGUCAUGAAGGCUGAUCCUUCACGGCUCAAACCAGUUUCCAAAAAUAUACUUGAAGAUGCAAAUUUCCCGUAUCACCCAGGUCAGCGCGUUAAGGCUAGCUCGUCGUCAGUUUUCAAGCAUGCUAGGUGGCUUUCUGGAGUGUGGAAAGCUAGCCGUCUGGAAGGUACUGUUACUAAAGUUCAUGCUGGAUCAGUUUUUGUUUAUUGGAUAGCUUCAGCCAGCCCUGGUUAUGGUUCUGGGUCAGUAUCUGUCCCUCCUGAAGAGCAGAAGCCGAAGGAUUUGGCACUGUUAUCUUGCUUUGCACAUUCAAAUUGGCAACUGGGUGACUGGUGUCUGCUUCCUUCAUCAGCAACAUCAUCUUCAGCCCCCUUGGAUGAGGCUUUAUUAAGCGGAAAUUCCAAGCAUCGUAGUAGGGGCUGUGAAUCUCAUGCCUGGGAUUCAAAGGAGUGUGCAGAUACUGAAAAUGAAGUUAGUGAUAUGAGCUGUUGCACAGAUGGGUCAGGUGCUCCACAGAAAUUAGAUGGAAUCUGUGAGCCAUCCCAAAGUAGGAAUUCCAUGGAUCUUGAUGCAAUUUCUAAUGUGGAUGGAGAUAGUGGAACUGCAGAAAGUAAUGCCUCCCUUGCUUCUGGCUCUUGCGGCAGCUUAAUGUCAGUCUCAAAGGAACCUGUGCAAGAAGGUUGGCCUGCACAUCGCAAAAAGAUCCGUAAGGUUGUUGUUAGAAGAGACAGGAAAGGUAGGAAAAGAGGUGAAACUUUUGAAAGAGCUCUUCUUAUUGUAAAUACCAUGACAAAGGUUGAUGUGGCUUGGCAAGACGGAACUAGAGAAUUUGGACAGGAUUCGAAGACUUUAAUUCCAAUCAGUAGUCCAGGUGAUCAUGAAUUCUACCCUGAACAGUACGUGGUGGAGAAGGCAUCGAAUGAUGGAGAUGAUCCUUCUGAUGUGAGACGCGUAGGGGUUGUCAGAAGUGUGAAUGCAAAGGAGCGGACUGCAUGUGUGAGGUGGUUGAAGCCAGUUGCAAGGCCAGAAGAUCCAAGGGAAUUUGAUAAUGAGGAAAUAGUAAGUGUCUAUGAACUUGACGAGCAUCCAGAUUAUGAUUACUGCUAUGGAGACGUUGUUGUUCGGCUAUCCCCAGUUUCAGUGGGAGCUGAUACACCCAUUCCAGUGGAAGCUAGUGGUGAUCGGAAGAGCAGAAAACAUGCAGGAUCUAAAAGGGUGGAGAAUGCAUCCAAUGACGAAACUGAUGCUAAUUUUUCUGGUCUAUCUUGGGUGGGGAAUAUAACUGGUCUUCAAGAUGGUGAUAUUGAAGUUACAUGGGCUGAUGGGAUGGUUUCGAAGGUUGGUCCUCAAGCAAUUUAUGUGGUUGGCCGGGAUGAUGACGAGGAAUCAAUUGAAGGUGGGAGCGAAGUCAGUGAUGAUGAUGCGGCUAGUUGGGAAACAGUCGAAGAAAAUGAAAUGCGUGUCCUCGAGAAUGCUGAAGAGGAAGCUAACUUGCAGAAUGAUUCUGGGAAAAGUUCUGAGUCUGGAAAUGGUGCUUCAGCUGAUUCAGAAGAAAGCAAUCCUGGUCGGAAUGGACCGCUUUCAAUUCCUCUAGCUGCUCUCGGAUUUGUUACUAGACUCGCCACUGGCUUGUUCUCUCGAGGAAGAAAACAGUCAGAUGUACUGGGUUCAGAUUCCAAAAUUGCUGAUGAACCUGGAUUGCUGGAAAAUGUCGAGGAUUCAGAGAGAGAAUUAGCUGACAAUGAAUUUACCUCUCAAGAAGCUGAUGCUAUAGAUGAUCAUAGUCCAAACAAUACUGGUGAAAAUGCAGAGGAAUGCGGUUCUGUGGCAGUUAACAUGAUUGUAGAACUGGACAGGGUAGAAAAUAUAAAUGGCCAGAUGUCUGAAGAAUCUGAUGCUGGCACAACCAGGGCAUGUCAUGAGGAUAAUCCUUGUAGAUUUAAACGCUUUGAUAUUGCUAAAGAUCCAUUGGACCAUUAUUAUCUUGAUGGGAGCGGACAGAAUAACAAUGGUGGAAGGAAGUGGGUUAAGAAGGUUCAGCAAGACUGGAGCAUCCUCGAGAAGAACUUACCUGAUGGGAUUCACGUUAGAGUGUAUGAGGACCGAAUGGAUCUCCUAAGGGCUGUGAUAGUUGGAGCAUAUGGAACGCCUUACCAAGAUGGUCUUUUCUUCUUUGAUUUUCACCUUCCACCAGAAUACCCUCAAGUUCCACCGUCAGCAUACUAUCAUUCUGGUGGUUUGCGGUUAAACCCAAAUUUAUACGAGGAUGGGAAGGUGUGCCUUAGCCUUUUAAAUACAUGGACUGGCAAAGGAAAUGAAGUUUGGGACCCAUCGUCUUCAAGCAUCCUUCAAGUCCUAGUUUCACUCCAGGGUUUGGUACUCAAUUCUAAGCCAUAUUUCAAUGAGGCCGGAUACGAUAAGCAGGUUGGGACAGCCGAGGGAGAGAAGAAUUCUUUAUCCUACAAUGAGAACACUUUCCUUCUAAAUUGCAAGUCAAUGUUGUAUCUUCUCCGAAGGCCUCCCAUGCAUUUUGAAGAGCUUGUCAAGCAGCAUUUCCAAAGGCGUGGCUAUUACAUACUCAAAGCAUGCGACGCAUAUAUGGAAGGUUGUUUAGUUGGUUCUCUCACAAAAGAUGCUUGCAGAAAUGAAAAGAGCAGUGAGAACUCAAACUCAGUUGGUUUCAAGCUUAUGCUGGCUAAGAUUGUGCCCAAGCUGGAUUCAGCUCUAAUGGAAGUUGGAGCUGACCGUUACCAAUUCAAGCACCUACUUCAGUCAUAGUGCAUCACUCAAAAGGGAUAAUAUUUCUACAUUUCCUUUUGAUGCAAGGUGGGCUGCAACGAUUCUCAAGGUAUUUGUACAAAUACUUUCCAACUGUAAAAUUUUACCUUCACUUCUGAUGAUUGAUGGUUGCUUGUUGUAUGCUGUAGAAAUGAUCCGUCCAUCAAUCUCUCUGACCCGAAGCAUCCUUCUGUUCCAUUGAGAGGCUGGUUUUAUUUGUAUUUCUCACCCUAACACCAAUGGUUGUUUGGAUCAAGUUGCAGGGUCUCUUCUGCACAAUAGGAAAGAGGAAAAAGGAAAAAGGGAAAAAAGGAAAAAACAAAAACAAAAACCAAAAAACAAAGAAAGUUGGGGUUGAUUAACCUUUGCUCCACUGUGGCCCGGUAGUUUUUUAACCGACCAUUCGAAUUGAUAUAGUGUUGAAGUGAUGAUAGAAUGACAAAGACUAUAAAUAAUGAUUUUAUUCAUGGCUACAUGGAAUGCAUGGCCUUUCUCUUUCUAAAAUGGUUAAUUUAAGUUUCAUUGAAGCAGCAGUACCUUUGAUCCUGUGUAUAGAAUUCCCAUUCAUGGUUGGUUGCUAUCUGAUUUAUUUAUUUUUAA